AUGUCUUCGCCCAUUCCUCCCGGCUCAGGGACUCCCAUAUGGGGGUUGCCGGUGCAUUCCUCGAAGCGUGCGCUUGCCUUGGCUGUCACAGCAGCUUCGUCUCUUGUUCUUUCUUCUCCCUCUCUGUCGCGGCUCUCGUCUUCCGCGGUUCCUUCUCUCUCCCAUCCUUCUCAGGAGGCGCGUGACGCCUCAGCUUGCUCGCCUCUGCCUGUCGCCCCGGACGAGUUGGAGCGGAGCGGCUUGGCGUUGAGGAGACAAAACAAAGACACCGCGAGCGGGCCUUCUCUGUGCGUGCCUCGCGAUGUUCCACGCACACAAACAUCUGCUCUGUCGAAAAACAGCGGACGACAGGACAGUUUCCUCCAUCUUUGCCGCCUUCCUGGCCACUCCUGGUCGCCGGCGGUCGCUUCUUUCUCCGCGCGCGUACGGGUUGCCCCCGAGACGCGCGAGCUUCGUAGCCUUUCAGACGCCCGGCUUCUCGGCUCGUCGGCUUUCCUCGCCCCCGUCCAUGUCUCUGCACACCACCUGUCGCCUCACCUCUCCGUCUGGGCGCACGCGAGGAGCGCGUCUUGGGCUUCUGGGCUCUCCUUCGUCUCUUCUGAGUCGGCGCGAGCUUUCAGUCACUUCCCAGGCAGAGGCCGGGACGUGACGGAGAAGGCGUGGGUGGCGUCUCUCGAUCCGCAGCCUAAAGGCCAAAGUGCGAGAAGUCCCUCGCCGUCCCCGUUCUCCAAGUCUCUGUGCUCGUCGCCGCCUCUCCUCGCCUCCGUCUCCUCUCUGCCUCCCUUUCCUUCCUCGAUUUCCUCGUUCUCGCCUCUCUUCCUUCGCUCCCUGUUCCUUCUCGCGAUCGCUUCGUUCCUCGCCUCUUCCUUCUCGCUGCCUUCCGCAGACCGGCGGAGGUCUCCCAGGUCGAGCGGCGUUGCAAGCUGCGAUGAGAAGGCCCCGUCUGAAGGAUCCAGUUCGAAACGUUCGGACGCCUCCUUCCUUCGUUCCUGGAUCACCAAAUCCUCUGCCGCCGAAGACCGGUCUUCCGCAGCCUCCGGAAAAGAAGCGAACGACGCGGGCGCCGCGCCCCCACUCGCGGCUCCAGCUUGCCCGGCCUCUUCGUGGGGCAACGGCGAAGGCGGGGGGAUCCUCCGCUGGCGCGGCGGCGGCGUCGGGCGCUGGUCAGAGGCCGCGAACGCAGCGAUCGAGGACCGCAGCAUCGCCGUCCUCCUCGCCAUCGACGGCGAGGAAGAAGAUCGAGAGGACGAGCGGAGUGGCGAGCCGUCGGCGGACGGAGACGCCAGGCAAGAGGCUCCAGAGGAGACCGCUCAGCUCGCAGCCCUCGUGUUUCCAAACGAGAUAGCGUCGCUCCUCGGCAGACGCAUCGAAGAAAUCGGCUGGAUGCAAGAGAGGAAGAAGAAGAUCGACAAAAAGCAGAAAUCGCCCGGAACGCAUGCAGAAGGCAAAAGAAAGACUCCCAGACAAAAAGUCCUCCUCACCGCGGUGAUCGAUGGCCACGGGGGCCCGCAAGUCGCUGAGUACGUCAUGCAACACCUUCCAUGGCAUGUGGAGCGCGAGUUGACGGCGCUGAGGCGAGCGUUUCUGAGGAAGAGCACCAUGGGCGAGGACGGCGAGUCUUCCUUGACAGACACUUCCUGGCUGACGAACGACGUGCUGACAAAGGCAAUUUCUCGGGCGUUUCGAGCCCUGGAUGACGAGAUCUACCAGUCUGUCAGCAGGGCGUAUCGCUUGGGGUUCCACAGGAGCAUUCGGGUUGGCGCCUGCUGCACGGCGAUUCUUGUCACGGACCGCAGCCUCGUCGUGGCCAACAGCGGCGACUGUAAGGCGGUGUUGUCGAGGAGAUACGGGGCGGAACUUCAGGCGCUAAAUGAACAACUGAAUGCCAAUUCGCCAGCGGAGCGACAGAGACUGAGGGAAGAGCACCCGAACGAGGAGAACGUGGUUGUGUGCAAGCACAGCUGGCAGGAGCAGCGGAAGCCUUCUUCCGUGGUGGAUAUUCCACUGUAUUUUGCUGGGCUCCUGGGCUCCUCGACGUUCUACUCGGGGUGCUACGUCAAGGGGCGUCUUCAGCCCACGCGGGCUUUUGGCGAUUUCCUGUUGAAGAAGUCGGAGUACGGCCACGAGCUGCAGCGGUCUCGGCGCGCAAACGGCGCCUCCGUCCCUUCGCAGCCCCUGUCGUACCCGUACCUGACAGUUGACCCUGUCGUGGCGCACUUCGACCUCCGAGGAGAUGAAGAUUUCAUCGUCUUAGGGAGCGACGGCGUCUGGGACUUUCUGGACGACAGCGAAACGGCGCGCGCCAUUCAUGCGAGUCUGCAGCGCACGAAACAGAGGGCAGCGCGCGCGACACUCUCCGCUGGAACGUCUUUUUCGAGUGGCGCGUCGGAGCAAGGAAACGAUCUGAACGCCUCUCCGAGCAGAAGCGCAGGCGUCACGUCUGUGUUUUCUGCCGAUGCAGCUCGCCUGGCCGCCGCAGACUUAGUCAAGGCGGUUUUGCAGCGGGCUGCUGAUGAGCGGGCGAUAUCGGUCGAUGAAAUGAAAGUGCAAGAGCCGAAGCAGAGAAGAAGAAUUUAUGACGACACUACGGCAGUCGUCGUGCUUCUCGGCCAGGACUGGAGACCGAGGCCUGCUGCGAAGGACCGCCGGUAA